AUGGCAGCUGAAGCGAAGAUGAUUGAGCUGCCCUUCAUCUGCGAUGAACAGCUCACCCAGCGCAUGCGGCUACGAUUCCAGAGCCUGCAACAAAAAAACAUGAGGCCCCAGGAUGGUGAGAAGCUGCUGCGUCCCAAUGAACACAUCUAUCGAGUGGAUUUCAUCCGGCAGCACAAAUUGCGCUUCCUCCGCUGGGACAUCCAGCUGGAGAGACCUGGAAAGGUCACAGUGACCGGCACUUCCCAACACUGGACUCCUGAUCUCACCCACCUUAUGAACCGGCAGCUGCUGGAGCCGGUAGGAAUCUUCUGGAAGAAGCCAGGGGCCAAGGAGGUAGAGUGCAAUGAGGCAGAUGCCCAGGAAUUUGGGGAACGAAUAGCAGAAUUAGCCCAGAUCCGCAAAGUGAUGUAUUUCCUCCUCGCUUUCACUGAUGAUCUUGAACCAGCUCAGCUGAAGGGCUCCAUUGUUUUUAAAGCCUGA